AUGGCGACCUGGGGGGCUGCGGAGCAGGUCUUGGCCAAAGCGAAUAGCCUAUCUGCCGCGGCUUUGCCAAAGGGCGCCGGGGGACUGGGAGAGCUGCAAAGCAAGCUGCAGCAGGCGGAAGCACAAGAUGCCGCCGAGGAUCGUGCUGCAGCGUUCAUCGCCUUAGCACGGGUCUCUGUGGAGGUCGAGGACCUCGCAGAUGCGGAGCAGUACGCCCUCUCAGCUUUGCUGAUCUUCAAAGAGUUGGGUCUUGGGGCGAUGUUAAGGACCAAGAACUUCCAAGGGAAGUCCGAUGUCAUGAAGCUCACUCCGGAGGAGUCUGCCUCACGGGAUGCUGCCUUGCGCCCACUGCGUGAGAAGCUGCUCACCUUCCGAGAGAUUGGAGUGGCUGAGGGUGAGGCAGCGCUACUCUUGAAGGCCGCUGCUUCCCAGUUGGAGCUGGGGAAAGUAGAGAUGGCCAUGGUGCUGGUGAAGGAAGCGGAUCGCGUGGUCGCGCGGGAAGGGAAGAAGGAACUGCAGGAGAAGGUCGUCGGGCCAUCGAGCCUGAUCUUGGCCAAGUUGAGUCUCACGAAGAAGGCGCCCCAGGCAGCAGUGCAAAGCGCGCUCAAGGCCCAGAAGGCCUUCGAAGGCCAAGGCCAAGCGGCCAAGGCUGCGCAGGCACAGACCCUCACUGCCGAGGCGUAUUGCCUCCAACAAGCUUGGGCGAAGGCAACAGAGGCAGCACAGAAAGCUGUGGCCAGUUUAAAGUCUGCAGGUGACAAGACAGGAGAGGCGAUGGCUUUGCUUGCGCUUGCGAGAGCACAACAAGGCCAGGGCGAUUCGGCUCUGGCGCUGCAAUCGGCGAGGGCUUCGUUGCUCUUGGCGCACCACGCGGAGCUCAAGAGCUGCGCGCUGCGCGCGCGACAGCUCUGCGGAGAGUUGAGGCCUAAAGCCACGGUCAAGGAGGACCCAGUGCCUCCCUUGGGUGUCGUGCGGCCUUUGGACCACUGCGUCCCGGGCGUCUCGGGACCAUCGACUUUGCCCAGCGCCCCCUUCCUGGGCGCGCAGCGCAUGGUCGGCACACAGGAGACCAAGCGGCUUUCUGGUUUAAUUUGUGUGGUCACUGGAGCCAGUCGUGGCAUCGGGAAGGGCAUCGCCCACAGCUUGGCUGAGGCUGGUGGCAUCGUCUAUGUGACGGGGCGAUCUUCACCUGGGAAGGAGACGGACAUCAUUUUGAUGGGCACCGUGGAUGAGACCGCCUCCACCUUCGGCAAGCUGGGCGGCACGGGUGUCGCGGUCCAUGUCGACCACGCCCAGGAUGAGCAGAAUAUGGCCAUGGUGAAGAUGAUCGCGGAAACUCAUGGCCGGCUGGACAUUUGCGUCAAUAGCGCCUUCUAUAUUCCGAAACCCGAUAUGAUUUUCUUCUCCACACCCAUCUGGAAUCAGCCAAUGCGCUUCCUCAAUGAGCAGACCAGUGUGGGUGGUCUCAACCACAUAGGCCUCACGGUGGGCAUGCUGCCCUAUUUGCGGCGCGGCCGUGGAGUAGUGAUCAACGUCUCCUCUUGGGGGUCACAGAUGAAUAUUCCGGUCUUCCCCAUGUCUUAUUACUGCAACAAGGCCACCUUCGACCGCUCCAUGGCGGCCCUGUCCGAGCGAGUGCGGAACUACGGCGUCUAUGUGCUCACUCUUUGGCCCGGCUCGGUGAAGUCGGAGCGGAGCAUCAUGGGCGCGAAGCGCUCGGCCGCGCGGCUCAUCGACUUGGAGACGGUGCGCUUCACAGGCAACGCGAUCGUCCAAUUGGGCUCCUUGAGCCCGGACAUCCUACGGGUUUACAGCUCGAAGCGCCGCGUGUUGUCCUCCGCGGACGUCUUGGGAUGGGAAGUGGACGGUUACUUCCAUCAAGGCGAUCUCCAUACCUUCAGUACCGGUGGCCGCAGCGCCGGCUGA